AUGCUCACUACCAUGAGCAAGGGGGCUUCAUUGAAAGGUGUGCUGCUGGGUGUUCUGCUGGUAUCUAACAUGUUCCUGUCAAAGAAAGGUGUGACCUCAUUGCCAAUCUGUCCCAGUGGGUCUGUUGGUUGUCAGGUCUCUGGGAAUCUUUUUGACCGUGCAGUUAAACUCUCACACCACAUCCAUUCCCUCUCCUCAGAAAUGUUCAACGAAUUUGAUGAGCGCUAUGCUCAAGGCCGGGGAUUUAUUACAAAGGCCAUUAAUGGCUGCCACACUUCCUCCCUAACCACUCCUGAAGACAAGGAGCAAGCUCAGCAGAUUCACCAUGAAGACCUACUGAAUUUAGUGCUCAGAGUACUGCGCUCCUGGAAUGAUCCCCUGCUCCACCUGGUCUCUGAAGUGCAAAGUAUCAAAGAAGCUCCAGAUACCAUCCUCUGGAAGGCUGUAGAGAUUGAGGAACAAAACAAGCGCCUUCUAGAAGGAAUGGAGAAAAUAGCUGGACAGGUUCAUCCUGGUGAUAUAGAAAAUGAAGUCUACUCUAGGUGGUCAGGUCUCCCAUCCCUGCAAAUGGCAGAUGAGGACUCCCGUCUCUUUGCCUUUUACAGUCUGCUGCACUGCCUGCGUAGGGAUUCCCACAAAAUUGACAACUACCUGAAGCUGUUAAAAUGUCGCCUUAUCCAUGAUAGCAACUGUUAA